AUGUCUCGGGUGAGUCUCAGUCUGGGCGUUCGAGUGGUCUAGGCCGACUAUUACUGAUCCGCCUCGAUCGCACGCCAAAUCUGCCUCCAUCGGGCGCCACUUGAUCGCGCGCUAGAAUCCCUCGAGGACAGCGAGUCCAGCGAGCCCAUCGACGCAGACUUCUUCGUCGGGCGCACUUGGGCCUCUACCGCGCAUGACCGACUCGACUGCAGGUCCCGGUCCGGGGGCAGCCUCUGCCAAGCUCGCCGCCCUGUCCAUCGAGUCCUACCACCUCGACUCGCCCCCCUUUACAGGAGCAGCCGUCGGAGGAGGAGGCGGAGGCGGGCAGUCGAUGCAGGCGCAGGCAAGCACAGACACUGCCGUAGGCUCUGCUGGUCCACCACAGACUGCACACAAUGCGCACUUCAAGGGCGUCAACCAGGACGUGCCUGGGUGGCAGCUCGAAGACGAUGCUCGCACGCCUGGUCCCGAGCUUGCCCAGAGCUAUUGGCACGACGCAGGGGGCCCUUUCGCCAAGAGCACCACCGCUCCGGCUUGCAAUGCGGGCAGACAAUCUCCACACUCUACCGAUACGACGAUCGGGUCGGUCAAGAGCCUGACGCGCGCAGGUCUGGCAGAAGUCAUGUCAGCGCCAGUGACGCUCUCCAAUCAAGAGCGACAGGGCAGACCGGCGUACACGCAGACGGAGGAUGUGGAUGGCUUCGGAGAAGAGUCUUCGAGCCAUCCUGCCGAUGCGUAUGAUGAGCUGGACGCUGCCCGCCACGAGCUAGGCGCUGGUUUGCGGGGCCACGUUCCGCGACAAGCGCAGGGCAAGGAACACUACGCAUUUCCGCGUCAUCGGCUACCCACCAGGAUGCGCGACGACAGCAAGGUGCCUCUGGUCAUUGUAGCCUGCGGCAGCUUCUCGCCGCCCACGUACCUCCACCUGCGAAUCUUUGAGAUGGCCAAAGACCAGGUGAUCGAAGAGGGCAAGUACGAGCUGCUGGGAGGAUACUUUUCCCCCGUCUCGGAUUACUACAAGAAAGAAGGGCUGGCCAAGGCUACUCACCGGGUGCGCAUGUGCGAGCUGGCCGUAGAGAGGACAUCGACUUGGUUGAUGGUCGACGCAUGGGAGUCGCUGCAGGACGAGUAUCAGCGCACGGCAGUCGUCUUGGAUCACUUUGACGACGAAAUCAACGGCGGACAGGAUGGCGGGGUGUUGCUCGCAGACGGCACCAGACGGCGGAUUCGCAUCAUGCUGUUGGCUGGCGGAGACUUGAUACAGAGCAUGGGAGAGCCUGGAGUGUGGGCAGAACCAGAUGUGAGUGGCGCUACAAAAACGUGGCGCGCUUCAAAUACUCGACGUGGCGCGCUCUAACCACUUGAAGUGGCGCGCGCGCGCCUCGACGUUCCUCGCACGCUCCAAGCGCUCGACGUUCGUGGCGCGCCCCUUUCUGACUGCGCUCACGCGGACUGCUCACGCCUCGCCUCGCCUCGCCGCGCGCAGCUGCACCACAUUCUGGGUCGCUACGGAUGCAUGAUCGUCGAGCGCACUGGAGCCGACGUUUGGACAUUUUUGCUCUCCCACGAUCUGCUUUGGAAGUACCGACGAAACUUGAACGUCGUGACGCAGGUGAUUUAUGACGACGUCAGUAGCUCAAAGAUUCGCCUCUUUCUUCGGCGAGGCAAGAGCAUCAGGUACUUGCUGCCACAGGCCGUGGUCAGCUACAUGGCGGAGCAUCAGCUCGUGAGUCUGCUAGGGAAUGCCCUUCCUUUCCCACUCCGCUCACGCGUCGCGCAUCUCUCUCUGCGCGAACAGUAUCGUCUGCCGGCCGAGGCGGCAACAGAGCCCGUGGAUGCUGACAAGACGCUCAAUCAGUGA